AUGGCCAACACCACUGGCGAGCCCGAGGAGGUGAGCGGUGCUCUGUCCCCACCAUCAGCAUCGGCCUACGUCAAGCUGGUGCUGCUGGGACUGAUCAUGUGCGUGAGCCUGGCGGGCAACGCCAUCUUGUCCCUGCUGGUGCUCAAGGAGCGUGCCCUGCACAAGGCUCCUUACUACUUUCUCCUGGACCUGUGCCUGGCCGACGGCAUCCGCUCUGCCGUCUGCUUUCCCUUUGUGCUGGCUUCCGUGCGCCACGGCUCCUCCUGGACCUUCAGCGCGCUCAGCUGCAAGAUUGUGGCCUUUAUGGCUGUGCUCUUUUGCUUCCAUGCGGCCUUCAUGCUGUUCUGCAUCAGCGUCACCCGCUACAUGGCCAUCGCCCACCACCGCUUUUAUGCUAAACGCAUGACACUCUGGACAUGUGCAGCCGUCAUCUGCAUGGCCUGGACCCUGUCUGUGGCCAUGGCCUUCCCACCCGUCUUCGACGUGGGCACCUACAAGUUUAUCCGCGAGGAGGACCAGUGCAUCUUUGAGCAUCGUUACUUCAAGGCCAAUGACACGCUGGGCUUCAUGCUGAUGUUGGCCGUGCUCAUGGCAGCCACACAUGCUGUCUAUGGCAAACUGCUCCUCUUUGAGUAUCGUCACCGCAAGAUGAAGCCGGUGCAGAUGGUGCCAGCCAUUAGCCAGAACUGGACAUUCCAUGGCCCCGGGGCCACCGGCCAGGCUGCUGCCAACUGGAUCGCUGGCUUUGGCCGUGGGCCCAUGCCACCAACCCUGCUGGGUAUCCGGCAGAAUGGGCAUGCAGCCAGCCGGCGGCUGCUGGGCAUGGACGAGGUCAAGGGUGAAAAGCAGCUGGGCCGCAUGUUCUACGCGAUCACACUGCUCUUCCUGCUCCUCUGGUCACCUUACAUCGUGGCCUGCUACUGGCGAGUGUUUGUUAAAGCCUGCGCUGUGCCCCACCGUUACCUGGCCACUGCUGUUUGGAUGAGCUUCGCCCAAGCUGCUGUCAACCCAAUCGUCUGCUUCCUGCUCAACAAGGACCUCAAGAAGUGCCUGAGGACUCACGCCCCCUGCUGGGGCACAGGAGGUGCCCCGGCUCCCAGAGAACCCUACUGUGUCAUGUGA